AUGGGUUCAGAAGAUCAAUUCACUUCUAUUCAGUGGGAUAGAGAUGAUGUUAUUACAAAUGGAUCACCAAGCAAGCAAGAAACAAUAAUUGAGGAAGAAAACUCAGAGAAUGCAGAUGAUGAUGACAAGGAAACACACACACAGGAGACGUCAAAAGCACCGGAAGAACGUGAGGAAGACGACCAUCAGGAGUCGAGUUCACCGACUCAGCAGGUGCAAGAUACUUCUGAGUCAGCUUUGCUUGCGAGCGAAACUAAUGAUUCUGUUGACAAUGAGCUGCCAGACAGCCGAGUUCGCCAACAAGAUCAACAACACCUGGAAGCAAAGAAGCUUUUUGAGCAAUAUCAUAUACAAUGUGCUGUAUCGAGCCCUAUGAGGGAUUUGGAUAGUUCUUCUAAGCCAUAUAUCUCCUAUUUGAUAACCACUACUACUAACAAUCCAUCUAUUAAAAAAUUGGCUUCAAGUGGUGAUAGCAAUGUAAACCCACCAGAAAGUACGAAUAGUGAUGAAAUCACCGUUAAAGUCAGAAGACGUUACGAUGACUUUAGAUGUUUACAUGAGUGUUUGAUUAAUGACUAUCCGGAGUAUUUGGUUCCUCCGUUACCCUCGAAGCUGAACUUCAAAUAUUUGACCGGCGAUACAUUCAGCAUGGAAUUUGUUCACAAACGAUUGAAUUCUCUUAAUAGAUUCAUAAGGUAUUUUGUACAACAUAAGAUACUUUCACAGUCAUCUGUUUUUCAUUUGUUUUUAAGCGAUUCUGCUGAUUGGACAACAUUCAUCAAGAACCUAAAGAUUAAUAAAAUCGACACAGAAGAACCAAGUGGUUUUGUCAACAAGGUCGUAAAUGAAGACCUCACGGAAACGCUUAUGAACUUUUUAACUCCUUCAAAACAUAAGAAAGAAACAAAUAAGGAUAUUCUUGAGAUAAGUGAUCGGUUGAAGAAGUUAUACGAAAAUUUGAUAAAGUUGGAUAAGAUAUUCUCAAGGUUAAAUAAAAGAAAUAAUGAUUUAAGCUCUGACUAUGAACAAUUCCUGAAGCAGAUUGCAAAAUUGGCGGUGCUUCAGGACCAUGCGUCUCCCGAAAGUCAAUUAGCAUUAAAUACCGCUGAAAGUAAUGGAUCACCCAAGCAUGAUAUGGAUAACGAGGAUAACGAUCAAACUAAUACAAGCUCUUCGAGCAAGCAGCAUGAAAAUGGUAAUGAUAAAGAUACUUCAAAUGAACAUCUACAUGAGAAUGAAUACAAUAAUGAGCCUAACGAAUCAAAUGGGUUUGACUUUGAUACAUCCCAUAUUGGGUCAUCUCAUAAUCCAAGAGAUUCGGAAACUGCUAUGAUGGCAACGAACUUUAAAAUAUUUGCUGACUCUUUGUCCUACUUCCUGAAAAAUUGGUCCAACUUACACAAGUACAUUGAUGAGUCUUUCUUAGUUUCCUUAAAGGAUUGUUCUAGAUAUAUCAUUGGAUUAACUCAUUUGAUCGAAUUUCAACAUAAUAAGAAAAUUGAUCUACAGGUAUUACAUGAGUACCUAUCCAAGACUAGAAGUGAGUUGUCGGCGUUAAAUGGAACUGGUUCAGCCAGGCAUGCCCCACCUACGCCUGUUGUGAACAGCCAUUCUGGUGGACUUGUUAAUAAUACAACUCAAUUGAUUAGGGAUACAAUUUCAACGUCUGCUACGACUCACAUCGCUUCAUCAUCAACAGAAAAUAAAGCAGCUAAAUUAGAGGCUAGAAUAAAUCAACUAGAAAAUGAAAUUGAUUUGCAAACUAAACUUGUAGCGGAUUUGACAAGCAAAGUCAUUAAUGAAGAAUAUCCUGCUUGGGACCGCUUCAACAAGAAUGAGCUUAAAAGCUCAAUGUUGGGUCUUUGUGACGAACAAAUCAAACUUUACAGUGGCUUAAUUGAAAAUUGGUCUUCAGCAGAGGACAAGUUAACAAAGAGAUUAAGCGAAUUGAGCACCUAA